UUCAACCUCUGACCUACAGGUGACAAUUUGCAAUGGAUAACCAAAAUUGUACCCAACACGGAUGACACGCCUACCUGAAAUGAAAUUUUCUCAUCCUGUUCCAAUGUCUUAAGAAGUGUGGAAAGGAAGAAUGGAAAUAAUAUUGAGCGUGGUUUCACCUCUAUGCUUGAUAGUUAUUGUCUUUGGCUGUCUGAGUUGCCUUUUUAAGAAAAAAGGAUUUAAUAAUUUCAAAGAGAGAGACCAAAGAAAUGCCCACCGCAACCAGGCUUAUGCUGUGGACCCGGCAGAUGGGGCUGGCACUCUGGAACAAAUCACCAUUGAACCACUGCCAGACAUCCUCUCCAAACUUGCCACCAGCACCUGUUUUCCUCCGAGAAUUAUGCGCACGCAUGACACAGCCACAGCGUUUCAUGCUGUUGAAAGAUCAUUUCCGCGAUCACACCUGACAUAUUUAAAUGAGCUGGGAAGUGGUUGGUUUGGACAGGUGAUUGAAACCGAGGCUGCCAAUAUUAUUGAAGGGGAGAAGAAAACUAAGGUGAUGGUGAAAAUGUUGAAGAUUGAUGCCCAGAAACAGGAGCAAAAAAUAUUCAUGGAUCAAGUAGCUGCAUACAGGGAUUUGGACCAUGCCCAUGUUUUAAGAUUUCUUGCUCAGUGCACUGAAACUACACCACAUCUGGUUAUUUUGGAGUAUGCAGCACUGGGUAACCUUAAAAAUUAUUUUUUGAAUCAACGGGAGGAGCAAGAAAAUAAAAUCUCGUCAAAUACCCUCUUACAAUUUGCUUUAAAUGCUGCAGCGGGUGUGGCCUGCUUGCAUAGACACAACUACAUUCACAAUGAUUUGGCAGCCAGAAAUUGUCUGGUUAUGUCCAACAGAUUACUGAAAAUUGGAGACUAUGGGAUAUCAGAUGUAGCAUUUAAGGAGGACUAUUACAACACUGGGAGGGAGCUGUUGCCCAUUCGCUGGAUGGGACCUGAGACUCUGAUAAAGGCAGCUGAGAUCUGGACGUCAAACCAUCUGGAUAUGUCCUCUGAUAUUUGGUCCUUUGGUGUUUUGCUGUGGGAAAUAUUCACCAUGGGAGAACGACCCUACUCCAUGUUAGAUGAUGAGGCUGUGCUUGAGGGUAUAGUUCACAAGAAGAUUUUACCUGCACAAGGAGACAUAAAGGUUCCAUUUGUAGAGGAAAUUUGGCUGGUGAUGAACCAGUGUUGGCAGGAGGACAGGCCAGAUAUUGAAGUCAUCCACCACAGUUUGCAGCAGCUGAGCCAGGAGUCCAUCUCUGACUUUGACCAGCGCUGGCAUAAUCUGGCGGAGAAGAACACAGAGCUGGGCAGCAGGACGUCACUAGCUGGUAGCUUUGAGCAGGUCGUCGUCUCCGCUCCAGUGGUCCCCAGCGGGGAGGGGCUGGGGGAUUAUGUGACAGGAAGCGGUCCUUCCCGCAACCCUGAGCUUGGUCUACUCGACCGCGGUGAACCGGUUGAGCCGAUGAAAACGGUGUUCAGCGUUGACAAUGAGAUUGAGAAACACAAGAAUGAAAGAAAUAACAAUAACAAUUCUACCGCAUCUCUUACCUUGGUGGAUGUUCAUGUGUCUAAGGUAGACAGGUCGCCCAACACAGCUUUGGUCAGUGAGAAUAUGUCAUCUAGAGUAGUGGACGGAUCACUCUUCCCUGUGGCUGCACCACAUGCAAACAGAUCACUCCCCGUAGAGGACACACAGUUCUCUGGUGUGGAUCCUGCACUCCCCACUGGAGACACUCUGCUCCCCAGUGUGGACAGCUCACUCAUUAUUGUAGACACAUUACCUCCUAACUCAUCACUCCCUAUUAUAAAUGGAUCACUCCCCAAUACUGACCAACCAUCUCUCCCUACUGUAGACAUAUCAUUCCCCACUGUAGACCCAUCACUGCCCCUUGUGGACACCACACCAGAAAGUUCUAGCCUGGACUUUGCCCAGUUCCAGUCAGCCAUGACCAAACAGGAAUCAAGUGGAGAGAGCUCUGGGGAAUUUUCUGACUUUGUGAUGUGCUUGAACAAAGGGAAGGUACCCACCCAAGAACUGGAUGACUUUGCUGAAUUUGUUUCUUCAGAAACACCAACACUAGCAACAGCGCCAAAGCCUGAAGAUGCAGAUUUUUCUGAAAAUUCAGUUCAAGCAUUGCUAGAAACUUCUUCAGACUUUAUUUUUUCAGAAACUUCUGCAGAAGUAACAGUGCCAAAUCUUGCUGAAUUAAAUAUUUCAACAAACGCUACACUUGCAGACCUAGAUGUUACAGAAAGUUUCUCAUUUGUGCCUGCAUCUUCUGAAACAAAUUCUGCAGCUUCAGAACCAAACAUAGAAAAAGCAACUGUUCUUAACUCUGCAUCAGAGCCACUGGAAAGUUUCAACGAAUUGAUGAAUGCUUUUGUUGGCCUUGAAGAAAACAAACCAGCUGAGCCUCUAGAAGAUUCUCAGUUAGAAGAUUUGAAGGUGGACAAUGAGCUGAAUGGAAAUCGGGCAGGGAUUGAGCAGAUAGAAGCCUCAGAACAGCCUAGAACUGACUACGUUGAGCAGCAAACGCCAGGAGAAAAACAUUCACAAAACACCGCCACAACAGUGGGGGAGCUCUGCCGAACGGAUGAAUUUCUGACACAGGUGACCUUAACACGAGUGAGUGAGCACCAUGAUCACACAAGUGAGCUGCCAACUGAAUGAAGGGGACACUGAGGCCAACAUGUUUGUCAAACUUCAAAUUGUAAUGAAACAUGCCCCUAUAACGUCGAUGGCAUUUUUAUUUUACAUUUAGUUAAUUGAAUGAGCUGUAUUCUGUACUUUAAAAUCAAAUAUUAAUCAACAAUCUUCUUACAAGGUUUUGCUAAAACAGAAGCAGACGAAAGUCUGUAGUAAAUGAUUAUCUGCUGACUAAAUCAUCAAAGACCGUGUUUGUGUCAAAUGUGUUAGUCCUGCUUGUGCAUCAAAUGUGUUUAUAUCUUGUUUGCGAUGGUCAAUCAUCUGUACUAUAGCAAAUGCCCUAUUGUUUAUUUACCAUUGAGAGUCAUGCUGGUUUGAAUGUUUCAUUGAUUGAAUGUGGUUUUGUACAGGUAGACAUUAAAAUAUAUUUUUAUUUAAUACCAAAUUAUCAUAAAGCAACUAUAUCAUAAUACUUAACCACAAAAUUUACAAAUCAUUAUAUUUAGUUUACCUAUUUUUAAAAACUACUAAAUAUUUUACUACUAGUAUAUAUUGUAUAUGAAAUACAUUUAUAAUAAAAUUGUGAAUUACUCUAAUGGCUGAGCCAACAUAUUUUUAAUAUAUAAUUAUAUGCUAUUAUACUUUACUAUACUUUAAUUAGCUUUUAAUAAACUUUGAACUUUGUUUUACGGUCUUCAUAAACAAAGGGAGACUAUGUUGCAAUGAAACCACUUAAGGCAUUAUAUCAGGUUGUGGAGUUAUUUUUAAAAAAUGGUUGCCACUAUUCUACUAGACUUAUGACUAAAGCCAAACCUGAGUCUUUUUCUACGGCAAAGUGGAAUAUAUUUUAUAAUAAUUUUAAUUUCACGUUAUAGCCAGGUGUAUUUAAAUUUUUAAAAAAAGUUUUCUAGUUUAUUUUUCACCUUAUGGCAGCGAUUGAAAG